AAAAAAAUCAUAAAAUUAAGGAAGAAAGACAAAAGGGGGGAGGAAAAUAGGGGAGAGAACAGAGCCUAAUCCAUGGCGGACGGAAUGGAUGCGAAGCCUCUUUGGUAGACCGAAACGGCAGGUUCGUUCCCGUCGAUUGAGGUGGGCGAGUCUCAUCUCCUUCCCUCCUCCAUCCACCAUUCUCCUCAAUUCUCUCUCUCUCUCUCUCGCGCGCGCGCAGUCCAUCGCCAUCGCCACCACGACGAUCACCAACCAACCUCCUCUCAGAGACAGAGAGGGGGAGGGAGGUGAGACGGCCGGAAAGUGAAAGAGAAGGAAAAAGUGGUAGGCCGGAGAAGAAGCAGAGAAGGAGGGGCAGGAUUGUUGGUGGAGGAGCGGGGGAAGAAAGGACGUUGAGAGGGAGGAGGUGGGUGGACGGCGGUAGAGAUGGGAGACUCGCUGAAGCAGCGGCUGACCAAGCCGAUACAGCUGGCGGACCAGGUGACGAAGGCGGCGGACGAGUCGCAGACGUUCCGGCAGGAGUGCGCGGAGAUCAAGUCGAAGACGGAGAGGCUGGCGGACCUGCUGCGGCAGGCGGCGAGGGCGUCGUCGGAUCUGUACGAGCGGCCGACGCGGCGGAUCAUCGACGACACGGAGCAGGUGCUGGAGAAGGCGCUGGCGCUGGUGGUGAAGUGCAGGGCGACGGGGGUGGUGAGGCGGGUGUUCACCAUCAUCCCCACGGCGGCCUUCAAGAAGACGGCGUCGCAGCUCGAGAACUCGAUCGGCGACGUCUCCUGGCUGCUGCGAGUCUCGGCCGUCGGCGACGACCGAGGGGAGUACCUGGGUCUCCCACCCAUUGCGGCCAACGAGCCCAUCCUCGGCCUCAUCUGGGAGCAGAUCGCCACCCUCCAUACGGGCUCCCUCGAGGACAAGGCCGACUCCGCGGCCUCGCUCGUCUCCCUCGCCCGCGACAACGACCGAUACGGGAAGCUCAUCAUCGAGGAAGGCGGAAUCCCGCCCCUCCUCCGCCUCGUCAAGGAGGGUCACGUCGAGGGCCAGGAGAACGCCGCUCGGGCAAUCGGCUUCCUCGGCCGUGACCCCGAGAGCGUCGAACAGAUGAUCAGGGCUGGCGUCUGCUCCGCCUUCGCCAAGGUGCUCAAGGAAGGGCCGAUGAAGGUUCAGGCCAUCGUCGCCUGGGCCGUCUCCGAGCUCGCAUCCAACCACCCCAAGUGCCAGGACGACUUCGCACAGAGCAACACCAUUCGUCUCCUCGUAAGCCACCUCGCCUUCGAGACCGUCCAGGAGCACAGCAAAUACGUCAUACCAGGCCACAAUAGGCCGCCGACUGCUCCCGGAACGACCGCGACGGCGACGGCGCCGGCCAACUCCAAUACCAACACCAUGACUAUGCACUCUGUCGUCAAAUCCAGCAUGGCCAAUAAGAACCACCAAUUGACUCACCCCAAUCCUAGCCAGAUGCAGUCCGUCGUCAACUCCACCAUGAAGAACCACCACCAUCAACAACAACAACAGCAGCAGCAGCAACAACAACAACAUGCCGAUAAUGGCCACAAUAAGCACCACGGAAACGCCACCAAGAUGUCUCUCGCCGGUACGAGCAUCAAGGGGAGGGAAUACGAGGACCCCGAGACGAAGGCGAACAUGAAGGCGAUGGCGGCGCUGGCGCUGUGGAAGCUCGCGAGGGGUAAUGUCCAGAUCUGCCGCAGCAUCACGGAAUCGAGAGCGCUACUCUGCUUCGCGGUUCUGCUGGAGAAGGGCCCCGAGGAGGUGCAGUACAACUCGGCCAUGGCGCUCAUGGAGAUCGCCGCGGUGGCUGAGCAGGAUGCCGAGCUGCGGCGCUCGGCGUUCAAGCCGAACUCGCCAGCUGCAAAGGCGGUCGUGGACCAGAUGCUGAGGGUGGUGGUGACAGAGGCCGCGGACACGCGACUGCUGGCUUCCUGCAUCAAGGCGAUCGGGUGCCUCGCGAGGACGUUCCCCGCAAGGGAGACCCGCCUGAUCCCACCCCUUGUCCGGCUUCUAGACGAGAGGGAAGGGGUGGUCAUGAGGGAGGCGGCCAUUGCUCUCACCAAGUUCGCCGGAAAGGAGAAUUACCUCCAUGUUGACCACUCGAAGGCCAUAGUUGAGGCGGGCGGGGUGAAGCAUUUGGUCCAGUUAGUGUACUUCGGCGAGCAGAUCGUUCAAAUCCCCGCGCUGGUGCUUCUCUGUUGCAUCGCCUUCAGCGUGCCGGACAGCCCCGCACUGGCCAACGCCGAGGCGCUCACCGUGCUCGAAUGGGCGUCGAAGCAGGGGAAUAUGGUUCAGGACCCUAAAGUGGAGGAAUUGCUGCCGGAUGCCAAAGGUAGAUUGGAAGUAUACCAAUCUAGAGGUCACAGAGGAGGAUUCCACUGAAGGGAAAGAGAAAGAGAGAGGUGGUUGGUAGCUGCUUGGGUGGUUGGCUUUGUGCCAUCAUGAUCGUGAGAGGUAAAGGAUCGAAGAAGCAGACGUGUGAGGCGAACCAUGAUGAUCAUGGAAGAAGAAAAGAAAACUUGUUUUCUUCUUCUUUUGGCUCUGUUUUUGGGGUUUUUUGGGGGAUUGUCAAUUGUGUAUAUAGAUUCUUUUGUUUUUCCCUUGAAUUAUUCAGAGGUUGGACGUUGUUUCUAUUUAAUUUAUUAUUUAUUGGGCCUC